CCUACGUCAUCCAGCGCCCUUGCAGCUUUUUCCUCUCUGUGCUUGCAGCUGCGUUACAGCACUUGUGUCUUUCACUUGGUUUCGUGCACAUAUUUCUAAUAAAAUGGCUGCAUUAAUCAGGAGGAUCAUCAGCACCACUAAAGCUCCUGCUGCUAUCGGCCCGUACAGCCAAGCGGUGGUGGCAGAUCGGACCAUGUAUAUCUCAGGACAGCUGGGGAUGAAUCCGGCUAAUGGACAGUUGGUGGAAGGGGGCGUUCAGGCUCAAACCAGACAGGCUCUUGUGAAUAUGGGUGAGAUCCUCAAAACGGCUGGGUGCGGUUAUGAGAACGUCGUCAAAACCACAGUGCUCCUAGCCGACAUGAAUGACUUCACCAGUGUCAACGACGUUUACAAGCAGUUCUUCAGCACUAACUACCCAGCCAGAGCUGCCUACCAGGUUGCCGCUCUCCCCAGAGGUGGACUGGUUGAGAUUGAAGCAGUUGCUGUAUUGGGCCCUCUGACCGAUGCAUCCUAAGAAGAACAUCCAUCAAAAAAGAAAAAAGAUGCUGAUCACUGAAAAUGAUAGUGUGUGCGCCUUGUUUUGUGGAGCACUCAAGCGUUGAUGAAACAAAAUUCCUACAGAGCACCAAUCAUUUUUAUCAUAUUUUGUAGAGAUUAUGAGGAUUUAACAGUGUCAUAAAUGAACCUCUCAGACAGGACCAGUACACUUUCUCCUCUCUCAUUAACGUUGAUGAGACGUGUGUGGAGACUACGCUGCAUGUUAAAUUCCCUCUGCUCACGUUUCACUUACAAUAGCUGAAGAGUAUCUAAGCCUACCUGCUCUUAUUGAGUUACACUGUACCGGCCAUGUCCUCACCAGACUUACCCGUGGCAGUGUAUCCUCUAUCAUUGAUCCAGGGGAUGGAUGAUGAAAUAUUACUCAAUAAUAAAUGUUUUUUUAUUUGCUUAA